GAGGUAAUGUUUGGUUCCUUUGUUGAGGGGCGGGACACACCUCCCCCCUACUACACUACUACGGCAGUACGGUCACCAGCACGGCCGCUCAGGGGUGUUCCUGGUCUCUGUGGUCUUGGGAGGCAGACAGAGAGAUAGUGUAGUUAAAUAAAGUGAUGGCGGAGUUCCAGGUACGAGCGAUGGCAGACGGAGGCAGCCCUGAAGACUUACCUCAGCGAGGAAGAGUGACUGAAGUUUGUCGAGAGUGGCUGUUGCAUGAAGACCAAGCUUUGGCAUACAGGCUGCAGAAUGAAGAAUAUCAGUCUCACCUGGUUAAUAACAGAGAGAGAAACCAGCUGCUGCGUCAGGACACUCCCAAGGCUCGUGAGGAACAGACCAGGGAGGACCAUGAAGCUGCCAUGGCCCAGACUGCCUAUGAGCUGUCUCUGGCCCAGCAGGAAGCUCGUGAUGCAGACUUGGCAGCCAAUUUGGCUCUGAAGUUGAACGUUCGGGACCUGGAGAAACAGCGGCACCAGGAGGAACAAGAUAUGUUGUAUGCUCGCAAUCUGAUGGAACGAGAAAAAGAAUCUGUACGACAAAUUCGAGAGUUACGGCAAGUAGAGAGGGAAGCAGCUUACCUUGGCAUUAACUCAGGGAGUGACAACGUGGCCUUACUGUCUCGUAAAGAACCUCGGGAACACGACUUGAACGGCACUGUCAGCAGUGAUCGAUCAGCACAGAGCAAUGCCAGUGCAGUGUCCUCAGAUCUCUCUGACCUGAGUGACUUUUGUCUGCAGCCCACAGAUGACAUGGAUGAGGAGGAGCAAAGGGUUCUACAAGAGGGACAAGAUGCUGAGUUAGCCCGGCUACUUCAGGAGCAGGACGGGAAGAGGCGCGGGGACCUCCUCCACCAAGACCAACUUAUGGCUAUCGAGGCGCAGGACAGAGAGUUGGCCAAGGUGCUACAGGAGCAGGAACGAGCUAAAGCUAAAAAAGCUCGUGAGAAGGCUCGGCAGAAGGCCCUUCAGAAAAAGCAGUCUCAACGUGCACAUCUGUCACCAGAACUUAUGCCAGGAGCCUCUGGACCCUGCGCCCAGAAUGGAAGAGGCAGCAACUCACCUCUAGUAUCACUCCCACCAACCUCUGACCAACCUGGACCCUCUGGCUAUUCCCACGAAGAAUCUCCUGGACUCACAGACUAUGCAAGCUCAAGCCCCACCUACAUAUCGCCAGAUUCUCCGAGACAAGAAUCAGAUGUAGAUUGGCAAGUUCCUCGUGGAAGGCCAUUACAGAGACCCAACUCACUUGACCUGCCCGGACCAUCACAUUCUUCUUACGCCAUUCCCCACCUAGAGAGAUCAAGAUACGCUCAUCGCCAGUUCCCUGUGGGCAAGACAAAUAAACCAAGACUCCCUGACCCUGAAGCUCCUGCUGUAGAACUAGCUGGUGAGAGCAGCAGCAGCAUAGAACAGAGCCCAGCAAUGGGGUUCACAAAUAUUGCAUGUGCUAUUGACCCAACAUACCAGCGUCGGGUGAUGCGGGGAGAGCUGGCCUCACCACAGUCAUCAUCGUCAUCAUCCACAACCAGCAGUGGCACCGGAGGCUUGGCUGCAGCUUCACUGACAUCCCCAAUCUCACCCCUGCCACCUCCAGUGUUUGAUGAUGAUGAUGACUACCCAGUGCCACCAUACAUGCCCAUCCAAGGUCAGCGUCGCACAGCCAGCCUGGAGAAGAACCACAGAAUAAAGCCACCAAAGGAGAAGUCUAACAGCAAGGAUGGCUGUAAGCAACAGUAAUAUAUAUUUGCCCUGACCACUGUUUACCUUGUGCUCUUCCAAACAUUUGGACAUUCCCUUUUAUGAAACUUACACGGAGAGGCACUUCAGCAGCCACAGUGAUGUACUGUGUUUCAAUAUUAUGGUUGAUAGUCUCAUUAAUUUCUGCACAAAUGUAUUGAAGAGUUAUGUAUAGUCUUAAAUUUUCCUCCUUUCCCACAUGCUUGGGAUGGAUCAAGAAAAUUAAACCUCAGGAAAGGGAGGAACGUGUGAGGGAAGUGAGAGUGGUGCAAGAAAAGUGGAGAGAGAAACAGGGAGAAACUGAAAAACAAUUAGGAACACUUUACACACCCUUCCUUCUACCCUUACCUUGCAUACAUAAUACACUAAGUGAAUCAUCCCUGAUCGUCACAAUGAUUAUGAUAUACAGUAUACCAUGUCAAGUCUGUGGGUUAUUAAGUUGAGUCAUGGAUCACAUUCCCACCAACACCUACAACAUCAUAUACACAACAGCUUCACUAUGUACAGUGCACAAUAAUUAUCCCAGUAUCUCAUUCUGAGUUUUCCCCCCUCUUUAAUAUCUCCGACCUUUCUGUUAUAACUUAUAGGACUUGUUUAUUUGUUUCUUAGUAGUUGUUCAUUCCAUUUUACAGACACCGCCCUACUGCUACAAAUAUUAUCAAUCUCCCCAACAUAUAUCAUAUUUCUCAGACUGUCCAGUUUUUUUUUUUAGUUUAACAAAUUUAUUGACAAAGCUUUUAGUACAUUUUGCCUACUCUGAGUAAUUCAGUCAGGUUUUGACACUUAG